AUGUGCAGUUUCGAGCUAGGCAAAGAUGACAAGCUUAGGUGGACUCGACACAGGGGAAGCCCAUCUUCCAGUAAAGGACCUUUCUAUGAUCACACCACUAGAAACAUGACAGGUGAACUCUAAACUAAUUACAUUACAACUAGCCAGACUUACUAUUAGCAGAGACAGUUACGGUUAGUUAGAGCAUCCAGUCAUCAAAUUGUAGACAAAAAGAAUUAAACCAAAAUUGUUUUUUUUUUUAGGUUUCAUAUCUAAAUCCGAGUUUUUGCACUAUCCUGGGUUAUCUUCACCCAGCCUUUGGCCCGUUGGGCCUAGAAAAAUUAUCCUCGAGACUACCCUUAUUCUUAGGGUCCGGUUGAGCCAAAGAGACCCCCCCCCCACCCCCCUACUUACUUGAUGAUCUGAAUCCGCUAAUAUAUAGUAACCCUAUUUGCUCUUGCUCUACAAUAUCCAGUUGCAUGUAGCACUUCCCGUGGCUCUCAAUCCAGAAAGGAGCCUGAACACUUAAGUUUUUCUUCAUUCUACCUCUUUUACGUUGCACUUACGAGGUCAGAGAACUAUUUUAGCAUUUGCGCGCAGACUAUGAAAAAUCUUAUUCUAGGUCUACUGAAAAACGUUUUUUAGUAAGCACUGGUUAUUUUUCUUUCCUGUAUCCGUAUCUCUUUGUAAGUUGUUACACAUUCAUUUUUUACAGUUAUCUAGUCAACAAGAACUUACAAAAUUGGACAGUCGGUCCUCAACUUAAAACUACUUGUUAGUUAUAAGUUGCUACCCUCUAUCCAUCUUUAUCUCUUUAAAGGUUAUUACAUGUACAUAGAAGCAUCCAGUCCACAUCAACCAGGUGAUGAUGCAAAAUUGCACAGUCCUCCACUUAAGUUCUUUGGGAUUAUGUGCCUUGAAUUCUAUUACUAUAUGUCUGGUGCAGUUAAUGGAAGCCUGAACGUCACCAUAAAUGAAACAGUGGUUUUCUCUGCGAGUGGUGAUAAAGGAGGCAUAUGGAAUAAAGCUAGUAUAAAUAUAUCAUCUAUUGUGGGAUUGCAUUGGGUAAGCAUUAAUGAGACCACAUCGAUCGGUAUCAAAACCGUCUGAAAACAGUUUUCUCUAAACGCAGUAGGAAGCCAAUGAUUUUAAGAGGCAUAAGGUAGAAAUCUUUGAAAACCUUUUGAGAAUUUGCGAGAGUUUAAAUUCCACAAAUCCUACUUUAGACGGACUUUCUGUAUUUAUCAGCAAAACAAGUAAAACUAUAAUACUUCAUCUUAUUAUUAACUAUAAAUUAAACAGAUACAAAAUGUAAGUUAUAUAUCUCUCUAAAAUUCGUAAAUGCAAAGAAAAAUAUCACUUAGCGUUUCAAAGCGGAUGUGCCUGCUGUUUGUCUCAAUUAUCUAAUUCUUUAAACUUUCCAGUUAAUUCUUCAUUUCUGCAAUAUUAAUUUGCCUUUAAAGUCCAUCAUUAAAGCGAACCUUCCAGACUGAUUACACUGUAAUACCAUGUUUCUGACAGGUAACAUUUGAAGGCGUAGUAGGAAGCAGUAUCACUGGUGACAUAGCAAUUGAUGACUUCUUCUUUGCGGGGGGGUCUUGUCCU